AUUGCCACUUGUUUCGUUCCAGACAGAGAAACUGCGUUGACAUAUCCGAAAGGCACUGUAGGACCAUGCCUUUGCUUUUGCCGGCCAUGAGCUGACUUGCUAAGCCUAUUUCGAAAGGAUUUCCCCAGGACACUUGUCAGCCUUCCCUGGACGGGUUCAUCACAUUGGAUGGAACAGAACUCUGAGAGAGAGCACACUCUCUUCCUAUGAGGGGAUUUUGGAACAGAUUUGCACACAAGCUGUUUGGACGAGUCUGUUUGGUUGUGCUUUCUCUUUUUCUUUUGGCCUCCAUGCUCUCCGAAGUGGGCAUGACCAUGACAUCGAGCUCCUUCAUCUCUAGCGCCACUCCCGACGGAACUGGGUCCGUUCAGGGUCAGUCACAAGGAUCAGCUGUGGAACUUGACACGUCGAAGGAUCAGCGGCAGAACUCCGAUACAUUUUCGAGCGGAGAGAAACGCGCAUCAAUUGGAGAGGAAGCCAACUUGUCGGUUGAAGAUUUCAAUUCCCCCACUUCACAGCGAGUGGCGGGACAGGACACCAGCGUGUCGUUGUCGCAAAGUUUUGGCACAGAGGGCACCAACAACGGCACCAACAACGGCACCAACGUGGCCGAGGGCGAAGUAACUUCAGAUCGUGAAAAGGAAAGAAAGGAGCAAACCGAAUUGAAAGCUGAGAAAGACAACCGAAAGGACCGAGUUGAGAAAGACAUACGUGGAUCGGGAUCAGGAUCGCCGUGCUUGAAGUUUAUGCAUAUCCCGAAGACGGCCGGAAGUGCGAUCAGCCAAUUGGGGCGCAGUUAUGGAUUCCAUUGGAGUCUGUGGGAUAAGACUUUAGAUUGCAAUAACCGGAGUCAAUGCCUCGCUGGUCCUUGCCUUGAGCCUGGCCAGUGUGAAGUGAACCGAACUUGUUGUUUCUUCCCAGACACUCGGCGAGAGAAGACAUUCAGCUGCAGCCUGUGGCACACACCGCCAGGUUUCGAUUCGAAGGUCUCAGAGAGCUAUGCCAGUUGUGACACCUUUUGUGUGAUUCGCAACCCUUUCGAUCGGCUCUUGAGCGAGUAUGGCUGGCACUAUGGGCGUUGGGAGUUUCCCUGGUGGCACGUGGGCGGCAGUGAGGAUUUCUUGGCGCCGCCCCCCAUCGACUUGGAGAAAUUGGACAAUCGUGAGGAUGUCAGAAAUUCUUUCCUUUGCAAUUCCUCCUUUUUCGAAGAUUUUGUUUUAAAAAGCCUGGAGGCUCGACGCACUUUGGGGCCGUGGUUCCACGACUGUCACCAGGCUCUUCAAACGGACUAUCUCUUCUCGCAGGAUUUCAACACCAAAUACUGCAACCACGUCUUACGAUACGAGAACCUGACCCAAGAGUUCAACGCAUUGAUGGCCAGCUAUGGACUGUCGCUGCGACUUCCAGACAGACAAGCGAAUCUGAAGAGGAUGAAACUAGUCACUGAGACUGAACCGAUGAACGAGCCAAAGACUUCGGAAGAUAUGGAAACUUCGUUUUGCCAAUUGUUUUUAACUCCAGAUGUCUUGCGGCAGGUGAGGAGCGUCUACGCUCGAGACUUCGUUCUCUUGGGCUACGAGCAAAAAACGCGCCCGGCGUCUGCGCUGUGAGAUACGUUUCAACCA